UUGGAAUGGAGAUACCUUUGGUAACUUUUGAAAACCGUGGUGCUACUGCCAUUGUGAGCGGAGGCAAUGCCAGUGGAGGGUUCGCGAGCUGUCUGGAUCUCCCCCAAGCACCUUUUGCACAAUCUCGGCUGAACAAGGUCCGAGGCAAAGAGAUGAACUCUUGCAACAGCCUGCAAAAGGACUCUGGGAAAGUGAACGACAUGGAUAAUACUUGUAGCAGCAGCGAGGAUGACACGGAUGCCAUUCUCAGGGCUGAUUACAGCCCUCAUCUUUUAGAUGAAGACACCUUGGAUAUUGACUGUGAGAACAGCGAACGGGUAUUAAUUAACAUUGCUGGACUCAGGUUCGAGACUCAACUAGGAACCCUGAACCAGUUCCCAGACACUUUGCUCGGGGACCCCCAUAAAAGGGUAAAGUACUUUGACCCCCUCAGAAACGAAUACUUUUUCGACCGGAAUCGGCCCAGUUUUGAUGGGGUACUUUAUUUUUAUCAAUCAGGUGGGAAAAUAAGGAGACCUGUGAACGUCUCCAUAGAUAUAUUUGCGGAUGAGAUCCGUUUUUACGAGUUGGGGGAAGAAGCAAUGGAGAAGUUCAGGGAGGACGAGGGGUUUAUUAAGGAGGAAGAGAGACCAAUGCCUAAAAAUGACUUCCAGAAACAGGUAUGGCUCAUCUUCGAGUACCCGGAGAGCUCCAAUCCAGCACGGGGGAUCGCCAUUGUAUCUGUUCUGGUGAUCGUCAUAUCCAUUAUAACCUUUUGUAUGGAGACGCUGCCAGAGUUUCGAGAUGAGAGAGAGCUACCGCUGUUUGUCCUUGGAACUAAUACUACUCAGGCUCCGCCACCGAGUAGCACAUCAGACCCUUUCUUUAUAAUUGAGACUACCUGUGUGAUUUGGUUCACGUUUGAGCUUACUGUAAGAUUUUUUGCCUGUCCCAGUAAAUCGGCGUUUUCCAAAAACCUGAUGAACAUAAUAGAUAUUAUGGCUAUCAUCCCCUAUUUUAUCACCCUUGGCACAGAACUAGCAGAGCAACAAGGCAACAACGGACAACAAACGUUGUCACUGUCGAUCCUAAGAGUAAUUCGCCUGGUCAGAGUGUUUAGGAUCUUUAAGCUAUCAAGACACUCCAAAGGGCUUCAGAUUCUGGGUCAGACACUGAAAGCCAGUAUGAGGGAGCUUGGUCUUUUAAUCUUUUUUCUGUUUAUCGGCGUCAUUCUGUUCUCCAGCGGUGUUUACUUUGCAGAGGCAGAUGAGCCCGAGUCCCAUUUCUCCAGCAUCCCUGAUGCGUUCUGGUGGGCUGUGGUAACCAUGACGACUGUAGGGUAUGGGGAUAUGCGACCCAUUACUGUCGGAGGGAAAAUUGUAGGCUCCCUGUGUGCUAUUGCCGGCGUGUUGACCAUUGCAUUGCCAGUACCUGUCAUUGUGUCCAACUUCAAUUACUUCUAUCACAGAGAAACUGACCAGGAAGAGCACACCUCUCUUAAGGAAGAGCCAAAUAGUGGCCAGGAAAGCCCUUGUAGUGACUUGAAGAGGAACCGCAGCAACGCAUCUCUUAACAAAUCGCAACUGGAAAUCAGUGAUGGGGUCAAUAAUGGACGAUCAAUGGAAAAAGAAAACCUCAAAACAAAUAGCAACGUGGACCUUAAAAGGUCUCUUUAUGCGCUUUGCUUAGAGACAAGUAAUGCGACAGACAUGUAAAUCAAAGUGCGUGUUCGGUUAGGUACAGUAGAUAUCAAUUCUAAUAUAGACAGUGUUUGCUGUUGAGAGCUUUCUUUUGUAUCACUUGAUGUCAAACAAGCCCAUAUAAACUGCACAUAGGCCUAUGCAUAUAUAUUUUUUACAGUGUUUGCGCAGUGAGAUUGAUCAACACAUUUAAGUGUCGUGCGUAGACUUUAUAACAUAAACUAUUUAAAUAUUUGUAAUGUAUUACGUUUACAGUACAGAUAACCGAAAGUAUUCAAUACUGUUACAAUACUGGCUUUUGUGCUGUUGAGUACAGUAGUAAAUGUCUCUAUUUAAACACAAACAUAUCUAAUGUGGUGCAAUUAAAAAACAACAAAAAAAAAAAACAAAAAAAAAAAAAAAAAACAACAACAACAGAAUUUUGAAAUCAACUUUAUAUUUUGUAACAGAUGGAAAACAAAAACAAACCAACAAUAAGACUAUAUGAUAGAUACCCAAACUAAGUGCAAACUAUAAACUGGGCCAGGAAUACAUAGCACGCGUAUCAAAAAAGGCUUUAAUAUUGAACAAGUAACAAUUUUUACAAUGUUUAAUGUUUAAUGUAUGGAAUUUGGUGCUGUGAGGUUAAAACAGGGGAACAUCAUCGAUUGUUUCUUAAUCCUUUAUUUAUGUGUAUAUUUGAGUGUUAAUUUUAUUAUUGAAUAUUAGGAACACAGAUAUCUAUAUAUGUGUGAUUAUCCCCUUACCUUUUACAACUACCGCGGGUAUAAAAGCCUUGUGUUGCUAUUCUUUUUUGACAUCCACCUGCUUAAUAUCCAAAGAACCCGUUACUUGACUCUACAGCCUUCUCAAAAUUUAACAAUGUGCUCAUGAACGUUGUGGUUAUUUUAAAGAGAUUUCGAGAAGAACCACAACAGAUCGUGUCGUUUUUUUGUUGCAGAACAGUGUAACACGUGAAAAUUCAAAACUCUAAUGGAUUUUUUGUCUGUGUUUGCAAACCGAUAUUCUGAACAACGUAAAGAAACGCAUCACGCAACAAUUAACCUUAGAAAAACACCCAGCAGCAGAUGCAUAUAUGUUUUAAAUACAAAUGACUUUUCUGUCAUAUUCUGUCAUGGUCUGAGUUGUAUCCUUUUAAUGGUAAUGACAUAAGAACGUCCUGAGACAGUUAUCAAUAACGUUUCCUAGUGUUUUCAUUGAGAAAUCUAUUGACAAUUGACUGCGUUAAAGAACAGAGGGAAUCUGCCUCCAUUCCCCGAAAGCAUUUGCAGACCAGGAGGUCAGCUGGAGUAAAACAAGGAAGCAAAUCCCACGAGAAGAGCCCCGAUGCUUGCUGGCAAAGACGAAAGAAUUCUGUGUCUUGAAAAUCCAACACUGAAGCCAGAGAAUCACCCAUCGGUGAGCAAGACAACAUAAACACAACAAAGAACACUUUGAUAGGACAUCCCCAGUAUGUAAACAAGAAUUUGUGCCUAAAGAAGACUUGGUUCAUCUAGCAAAUGUCAAGAAUUUCCUUCGUCAAAAGAAAGAAUCGCAGCUCUUUUUAUGUAAAACUGUUAGUUUAUGUUUAUGUAAACCUCAAGCCUACCUACUUCAGAACAUGAAGUGAACAUUAACUAAAAGUGGAAAUCCCUUAUAAAUUCAUGCCGGUUAAUCCUGUUGACAUUUUGAAAUCAUUGAUUUCAAUGUGCUGGAGACGGAUAAAAACACUGUAUUGGAUGACCGGUGUUUACCUGGUUAGUGUGCUUCUGUUAGAAAAGACAAGUGCCUCAGCCAAUGAUCGAGCCUUGCUAGCAAAGACAGACAGCAAACAAGGCAAAGAGGAACCGAUGAGAAACCUUGUUUGCAUUGCCAAGCCAAUUGAUGAAAGAAAAAGAAGGGCUUGUGACAAUAUCUGAAAUUCUAGGAAGACGGGCACUUUCAGAACUAAAAAGUAAAUAGAAACCCUAAAGAAGAUAAGUAAUAAUUUCAUGGCUAUUGAACACAGAGCAAACCAACAGGGGCAACAACAGAAACUAGAGGUAGGCAUUAACAAUACAAGACUUACUGUACAAAGGACUUUCACCUCAAAAUACACAGAGAGUACACUGUGCUACUGCCUGUUGGUAAUUACAAUGUACAUUGUGUAAUAGUGGGCAAUUCUCAAACUGACCUCUUAGUUGUAGAGAGUUGACAAAAGGUGAGAACAUAUGUGACUCCUUUUUGCUUAUUACAGUAUAUUUUAGGUAGCCUAAUUCAUUAAUAAUGUACCACAGAUACAAAAAAAACAAAACAAAAAAACAAACAAAGACCACCUCUAAACCAAACAUAUAAUUAAACGUAUCUGGCUCUUUUUUGUUAAAAUUGAAUGAUAAUGUUUUAGCUUUUACAAUUUUAAAUGUAAUGAACAUUUAGUACCAAUGGUAUGACCUAUGGAGGAUAGUCUAAGAAUCUCAUUAUUUGUGUCUAUCUGCCAGAAGCUGUUGCUCUGUGCUCAAUGGUUUUACUAUCACAGCAUCACAAAUGGGCAUACUGCCUUAUAACCAUCAGUUACUUAGGGUUUACUAUUUAUUGCUUUCUAAACAAAAGUAAAUGCAACAUAUUUUUGUUGUCCUUACGAAUGCACAUUGUA